UAUAAUCUCCGCAUUUCCUCAUCGAGCAUUUUCCCAAUAUUGUAUGUUUCAACUCCAACUCACCCAAGCCCACCUCCUCAAUUUCACCAUCUCCAAUUUCCCCCAAAACUCGCGCACUGCAACCAAAUCAAAUCCUUCAAGGCCAAAUUGUUUUCAAUUUUGUCGUCAUAAUACGCACGCAAGCACAAAGAGUCUCUCUAUCUCUCCGCCAAAUUCCAUUUCUAAACCGGAAAGAAGAACAAAUAAAAUAGGAAAAGAGAAAAAGUACCCCUUUUUUCUUUUUCUCUGUACAAUUUCACGAUCCUUACAGUUUUCAUACGGAAAAUCGAAUUGCGUUUUGAAGCGAUAAGGCCAGAAAAUACGGAGGGCUCUUCAACUUUAAUUUAAUUUUUGUCUUUUUGUUGGAGUUGAUUUGAUUUCGUCGACAUUGCACUAAUUUCUGAAUCUAUUCACUUAGGGUUUUAUUAUUCUUGAACUUUUGAAAUUUUGAUUAAGUAUUUUUCUGUUGGACUGCUUUUUAGUGUAUUUUUUUUUUUUAAACCUUUACUUGAAUUUUAUUGACAUCAAUUCUAAUAAUCAGCGUAAAAGUACUAUUUGUAUCUCAGUUAUAUCGGCACAUCUCUGUAAUAGAUUUGACGCCGCUACUGUUCUUUCCUGGGUCCUAUAUACACAACAACAUACCGCCCAAUAUUUCUAUUUCUCUGGAAAGUAAAUUACUUUUAAUUUCUGUGGACAACAUUUUCUGGGCUGUGCGAGGUCUGGAUUUUCAGUUUCGGAUUGCAAACGGUAUUUUGUUAUCCACCCUAAAUUGUUGGGGAUAUUAGAAAAGGUUUCAGUGUAUGGGAGAACAAGAGGGAUGGGCGGACCCAAGCGGGCCAUUGCCAAAUGGGCUGUUGUCAGGAACAGGCUUGGUGAUGCGUUCCCUUGAAACGGACAGAUGGUUGAAAGCGGAGGACAGGACGUCAGAGCUCAUUGCCUGCAUUCAACCCAAUCCCCCAUCUGAGGAGCGCAGGAAUGCGGUUGCAGAUUACGUGCAGCGGCUGAUCAUGAAAUGCUUUCCUUGUCAGGUUUGUACCUUUGGGUCUGUACCCUUGAAGACUUAUUUACCUGAUGGAGACAUUGAUUUGACUGCUUUCAGUAAUGAUCACAAUUUAAAAGAUACAUGGGCCAGUCAAGUUCGUGAUAUGCUGGAGAACGAGGAGAAGAAUGAGAAUGCUGAAUUUCAUGUGAAGGAAGUUCAGUAUAUUCAAGCAGAAGUGAAGAUAAUUAAAUGUCUAGUGGAAAAUAUUGUGGUAGACAUAUCCUUUAAUCAGGUUGGUGGUUUAUGUACGCUGUGCUUCCUUGGAGAGGUUGAUAAUCUGAUUAAUCAAAAUCAUCUGUUCAAGCGUAGCAUUAUAUUGAUUAAGGCAUGGUGUUAUUAUGAAAGCCGUAUAUUGGGGGCUCAUCAUGGACUUAUUUCUACUUAUGCUCUGGAGACCUUAGUUCUUUACAUCUUUCACGUUUACAACAAUUCCUUUCAUGGACCACUUGAGGUCCUUUACCGUUUUCUGGAGUUCUUCAGCAACUUUGACUGGGACAAUUUUUGUGUAAGCUUAUGGGGACCUGUGCCCAUUAGUUCCCUACCUGAUGUAACUGCGGAACCUCCUCGGAAGGACAGUGGAGAAUUGCUCCUUAGCAAAUUGUUUCUUGAUGGUUGUAGCUCUGUGUAUGCUGUCUUCCCUGGUGGCCAUGAAAAUAAUGGACAGCCAUUUGUCUCCAAACAUUUUAAUGUGAUUGAUCCUUUACGCGUGAACAACAACCUUGGACGUAGUGUUAGUAAAGGUAAUUUCUUUAGAAUACGGAGCGCAUUUGCUUUUGGUGCUAAAAGACUGGCUAGAUUACUUGACUGCACCAAAGAAAAUGUAAUUUAUGAAGUUAAUCAGUUCUUCACAAAUACAUGGGAAAGGCAUGGCAACGGAAAUCGGCCUGAUGCACCAGGCGUCGAUUUGUGGCACUUGAGAUUAUCGACUCCAGAGAGCGUUCAUGAAUUUGAUAAUUCAAAGAAUGAUGCGAUUGGCAAAAAAGUGAAUGGCAGGUCCUCUGGUAAUUAUUCACCUGUAAGCAUGUCUAGAAAAAGUGGGUUUUCCGCAGCUUCUCAAACUCACAGCUUAAAAAAUCACAUCAUGUUGAAUAGCUUGAGGGGUUCUGGACCAAGUAGAAGAGAUUCUACUUCCAAUCAGGUUGUGAAUAAUGAGAAAGGUCGAAGAGAUCUGAAACCUGAUCUUUUGUUGAAUGACUUGCAGGGAAAGUUUCUUUUUGCCAGAACACGCUCAAGCCCAGAGCUUACUGACACAUAUAGUGAUGUUUCAUCUCAAGUACGGGGUAAUAGAUCCACUGAAAGUGCGAAAGCACAUGCUACUUCUGUAAGGCCUGAUAGUAGUAACAGGAAGAAGAACCAUGGAUCUGAAGGUUUAGCAUGCAAUAACAGUCAAUCCUCAGUUCACAGUACUCAAUCCGCUAGUCACAUGCUAUCCCAUCAAAGUCUAGAUACAGCUGCUGACUCUAAUAACAGUUCACAUAGCUAUCAAAGAGAUUCUGGGUUGGAUGCAUCAAAUGAAGAUCUUUCCUCAACCUCUGGAACCUGGGGGAUGCACCAGGAAGAACAAGAUCUUGUCAACAUGAUGGCAUCCGCUUCACUUCAUGGCUUUAACGGUCAGCUUCACUUGCCAUUCAACCUAUCAUAUGGUCAAAUGCCUUUCCCGAUCUCGCCAUCCUUGUUAGCUUCAAGGGGAUAUGGUCAACAGAAUCUACCAGGAUUGCUUCCUGCAAAUAUUCCUGUAUUUGAUCCUUCUUUUCCAAAUUUGCAAUUUCCUCAUGGUCUGGUUCCAUUCGCUCAUUAUUUCCCAAGCAUUGAUCGGGGGUCACAUUCUGAAGAUGCACUGGAGCAAAGUAAUGAAAACUUUGAUGCUGUGGGAAUGAACCCCAUGGAAGCAGAUAAUGAAUUCUCUCAGGAGCAGGAUGUUGGCUCCACUAGUGGCUACGACCCUGAUAAUGGAAGUUUUGAAAUGAUUCAGUCCGAUGAUAAACCACAGGCAACAUCUUCCAGUUUGAAAUAUAUCCCUCCAUUUCGAAUUAGUAAACAUACCAAAGAAAAACAUGGAUCAAUGAGGGAGGAUAGUGAUAAUUUCCCAUUUCGCAAUGUCAGAGGUAGCAAGGCUUACAGGGAAGAAAGACCUGCAGCUUCAAGGUUCCCUUCUGCUACUCACAGUAGUUCUUUGAGAAGUAGAGCUUCUUCAGAGGGUUCCUGGGAUGGACCAUCAGUAAAGAGCCCAAAGUCAACAAAUGAUAGACGGGGAAAGAAAAUCGUUUCUGCUGAUCCGGCCAUUGGCCAUGGAAAAGGCAAAAUUAUUUCUGAGCGUAUAACAAAUCAGGCUGAAGAUGAUGAUCAGGAAUGGAUUGCACUAUCGAAUGUGGGGACUGAAAUGGCAGAACAAAAUUCGGUUUCUCAAUCUGUUGCAACUUUGCAUGUUCCAAGGCAUCCUGUACCUGGCUUUGAAGUUGCUCAGACAAGUGGAUCAAACUCGAUGAUCCCCGUUUCCCCAAUGCUGAUAGCUCCAGGUUCUAGACAGAGGAUGAUGGAUAACAAUGGGCUUGUUGCAUUUUAUGCUACUGGGCCUCCAAUCCCAUUUGUAAUGCUUCCAGUAUACAAUAUUCCUCCUGAGACAGGAAUAUCUGAUCAAUCAACUGACCAUUUUGGAGGCGAUGAAAGCUUGGAUAACAGUGACUCUGGUCAGAAUUAUAGUCCUUCUGAGGGCUUUGACCAGUCUGAGGAUUUAAAUUCUUCUAGUGCCUUGAGGGGGACAACUACCAUCGAGACAUCUAAUGAGCAAAAAUCUGAUAUUCUCAACAGUGACUUUGCCAGCCAUUGGCAAAAUUUGCAAUUUGGAAGGUUUUGCCAAAAUCCACGUUCCCACGGACCUAUAAUAUAUCCUUCACCUGUAAUUGUCCCACCAGUUUAUCUGCAGGAUCAUUUCCCAUAUGAUAAUCCUGGAAGACCACUUUCAGCUAGCACGAAUCAUUUCACUCAGCUUGCGAGUCAUGGUCAACGGCUAGUUCCAGUUUCUCCUCUUCAGUCUGUUUCCAGCAGAUCUCCAUAUGUUUAUCCAAGAUACAUCGAUGAUAUGCCAAGAUAUCGUAGCGGGACUGGGACUUACCUGCCGAAUCCUGUUUCUGCAAGAGAGCGCCACUCUUCUGGCACUAGAAGGGGGAAUUACAACUAUGAUAGGAACGACAACCAUGGUGACAGAGAGGCUAACUGGAAUGCUAAUUCAAAAUCACGAGCUGCAGCACGGAGCCACAAUCGCAGCCAAACUGAUAAAUCAAACUCAAGGAUGGACAGGGUGGCUUCGAUUGAGAAUCAAGCUGACGGAUCAUGGUCUGUCCCUUCUUACCAAUCCCAGAAUGGUCCAUUGCACUUGAAUUCUAGCCAAAAUGGUCCUAAUAUGGCACACGGCAUUCAUUCUUUUCCGGUGAUGAACCCCAGUGGAGUGUCUUCUAAUGGACCUUCCGUCCCACAGGUCAUGAUGCUUUAUCCUUUUGACCGCAACGCUACUUAUGGUUCUUAUGGUGAACAGCUCAAGUUUGGGUCUCUGGGUCGUGUAGGUUUUUCAGGUACAAGUGAACAAUUACAGCCUAGAGAGGAAAGUCAAGGAAGGACAUUUGAGGAACAUAGAUUUCAUGGGGGCUCUGGGCAACGUUCUUCACCAGAUCGACCAUCCUCUUCUCAUCAUCAGAGCAGGAGAGUCUGAUAAAUUACCAAGAUCAGUGACCUAAAGGAUCCAUCAGCCAAGUUUGUUUGGUGAACCAGGAAGAAAAUGACGGUAGAAGGAAAGACCAUAAUCAUCAUCCUUUUAACUGCUGUUUGUUAUAUGUCUACUUUUUAACAUAGUACAUUGUAUGUACAAUUUCUAACCACAGUAGGAAGAA